GGACUACAUAUCCCAGAAUGCACCUCGGCGCCCUGGGACUCUGUAUAUCAAAUGCAGCCUGCAACCCCGGGUGUUAGUACCGGCGACAAGCUUGGAGAAGCAGGAACAGGAUGAGCCGGAAUGGAAAGCAGGAGGCGGCAGCCACGGUCAGGGAGCAGUUUGUAGGAUUCUUCCCCCAGAUCAUCAAGGAUCUGACGGAAGACGAGCUCCACCAGGCGGAGGUGUCCGAUGCGGUUGCCAGGCUGAAGGAGGUUAUAGAAUACAAUGCUGUUGGGGGGAAAUACAAUCGAGGACUGACGGUGGUGGCAGCCUUCCGGGAAUUGGCUGGGCCAGAGCAGCAGGACCAAAAAAGCUUCCAGCGUGCUCUGGUUGUUGGAUGGUGCAUUGAACUGCUUCAGGCCUUUUUCCUGGUAGCAGACGACAUCAUGGACUGUUCGGUGACACGCCGGGGCCAACCAUGCUGGUAUAAAAAGGAAGGAAUUGGCUUGGAGGCUGUGAAUGACGCUUUCUUGCUCGAGGCCAGCAUUUAUCGCCUGCUGAAACGAUACUGCCGGGGUCAGCCAUACUACCUGAACCUGUUGGAGUUGUUCCUCCAGACAUCCUACCAGACUGAACUGGGACAAGCUCUAGAUCUCAUCACUGCGCCCCCAUCUAGGGUGGAUCUGAACCGCUUCACAGAACAGAGGUACAAGACGAUAGUAAAAUACAAGACAGCUUUCUACUCUUUCUACCUCCCUGUGGCAGCGGCUAUGUAUAUGGCUGGCAUAGACAGUGAAGAGGAGCAUGCUCAUGCCAGGAUCAUCCUCUUGGAGAUGGGGGAGUUCUUUCAGAUUCAGGAUGAUUUCCUUGACUGCUUUGGCGAUCCUGACGUGACGGGAAAGAUCGGGAUGGAUAUCCAGGACAACAAAUGCAGCUGGAUGGUGGUCCAGUGCUUAAAACGAGCCUCAGCUGAACAGCGGCAGCUUCUGGAGGAGAACUACGGUCAAAAAGAUCUGGACAAAGUUGCACGUGUGAAACAACUUUAUGAGGAGUUGGGCCUGAAAGCUGUCUUCCAGGACUACGAGGAGAGUAGCUACCAACACUUAUCGGGCCUUAUUACCCAGCAUGCUUUGCGCCUGCCCAGCCAGAUCUUCCUUGGCCUGGCCCAGAAGAUCUACAAGAGGCAGAAGUGACAGGCCUGGCUGUUGAGAAGGAUGCCGGCCAGUAGAUACCUGUUGUGUUUGUGUGUGUGUGUGUUUUCCCCCCUCUCAGGACUUCAGUGAUCCAUUAGUGGAACUGCUGGCUUAUUUUCAGGCAACCUCAAAGUGGGGCAAGUGGAGGAUGAGAGGUGCCCCAAAUGGUUCUUGAAAUGCGGCACGUUCCCCUUUUUGCGUAUGAUGCUCUGGUAUUUUUGAAGUUCUCUUUUGAAGGAUGUGUGUCUACACUACCAAUAAUAUAUAUAUAUAUAUAUAUAUAUUUGAAAUCUGGUUCAGUCUUCUAACUUCCUGCCCUGGGAGUGUUGGCUUUCUCUGUCUCUAACCAAGGAGUUCUCAUGACUCUUCAAACUUCUCCCGUUCCCAGGAUUCUCUCGGUUAAAAAUGAGUCAUGUCCAACUUGACCAAAGACACUUCCAGAGGAGACUCCGCCUGGUUCCGCCUUUUUGGUUCUGCUGUGCUCUGACCACCUUGCUCACUUGCUGCCCCACCUAAUCUUCCCUUAUUGUCCUCCCCCCCCCACACACACAAUAUUUGUAAUCUCUCCCAGAAACAGCUGAUGGCCACCCAUUUAACAUGGGGAAAAAAACCCACCACUUUCCAUGCUGUACAUUGGGUGGGUGUGUUUUGUUUUGUUGCAUCCCAAAUGCAAACUUCUACCUCAGGGUGAGCUGUCUUGUGAUAAGAGAGCACAUUUUUUUGGCUAAGGAUUUUUCUUCGUCUUGCCUGCACCCUCUAAGCAAGUGAGCGAGGCUGCUAAAUUUCAUUCUCUUUUGUUGAGAGGAGGGAAGCUGGCAAUGGCCACAGCUUGAAUGUCGGCUGCGCACACGCCAUACUUUGAAAGCACAUGGUUUCCCCCAAAGAAUCCUGGGAGGUGUCUUUUUUUAGGCCAUUAGUUACUUACCCCACCUUGAAGGAGCGAGACCCUUUCACCUAGAUCAGCACAUACCUGUUCUCAUUUUGGGGAGGGGGAGAAGGAAAAAGAAGACCCCCUCCAUUGCACUGGGGCAGUGUCUAGGGGUGAAACUGUGGAUGGAGGGGUCCUUGGUUUGAGAUUCUGUCUCUAUCUCUCUGUCUCUAUCAAGUGUCCUAUCAUAAUGGAAUGCACAAGUUAGAGAAGAAAAAAGCUGUAGCAAUAAAUUAUUUCAAACCCGG